UGGCAUGGCGACAUGAAGGAGAUAUCUAACGUGGAGUCUACAGUUAUCUACCCAUGGUCGGCAACUAGCAUUGAUAUGAUUAUAAAUUUGAUUGACGGAAAAAAUGAAACAGCAUUAAUUGAGACAUAUGAUUCUUAUCAUGUUCAAAACAUACCAGAAGCAAAUUUUACACUUCUUUCCAAAUUAAACGCGGACGAAACCUGGGGCGGAAAUAUAUCUACAACUCCCAUAGUACCACAAAUCCAUCCAAUGGAAGACGUGGUCAUACAAGAAGACAAGUCAUUAGUGAUCACGUGUUUUGCCCAAGGUGAUCCGUAUCCAAUGACGUCAUUGCUAAAUAUAUCCUCCAAUCAGACGCUAGGGGGUGAGGAAAUUGAUGUAAACCAAACUAUGUUUAUUGCUGAACCAAAAUAUGUUGGUAGUACUAGUCUGGUAGAUGGUCGAGCAUUUACUGGAGUCAGAAAGUUUAUAUCUAUUACCAAUGUGACAUUUUGGGAUUCUGGAAUGUACGCAUGCGCGUCAGAAAAUAUUGCCGGAAGUGACGUCACUACUUUUAAGAUAACAGUAUUUCCAAAACCUCCAGGCAAAGUUAUUGGAUUGUAUGCCAUCUCACUAACACCAUUCGAGAUUGCGGUCGGUUGGCAAGCGCCUGAUGACAAAGAUUUUGAAGACCCUGGUCACGUGUUAGGAUAUCACGUGUCGGUGUUGGAUGAAUAUCACGUGGUCCUUAGAGAGAAAAAUGUUUCCGAUACACUGAUGACAAUACAAAACAUGGCUCCAAGUACAAGAUACGGUAUACAAGUUGCGGCAUUCCACCAGUUUGAUGAAGGUGAGGAUAGUUUGAUACCCGUGAAAACACCUGAUAUACCAAAGUUAGGACCGCCACAAAGGAUCCUUAUGAAAACCUUAAACAGCACGACAAUACAGGUGUCAUGGCUGCCACCGAUAGAGGUUAUUGAGCGACGCAUUCACCUGCGUGCGUUCCGGUUUCAUUAUCGGGAAGUGGGAAGUCAACAAAUAGAGGAGAUGCAAUUGGAUAAAAUGUUUACAAACGUUUCAAUAAUCGGUUUGAUGCCGGAGAGAAAAUACGAGGCACAGGUUUUAGCCAUGUCCGAGGAUGCUCAGAUAUCGUUCACUGAUUGGAUACAAGGCAAUACAUCUAGGGAAUCCUUCAUGAACGAGAGCGUAGUACCGCCGCCACCCAAUAACGUGUACCUCAACCUUCAAAAUGGUAACAUCAUAGUGUCAUGGUUACCUCCCUUCCCUGACGAAAAUAUUCUCGUGCGAGGUUACGUCAUUGAUGUUUUCUACAACAACACAAAACUUCAGUCGAUGCAAGUUGACCACGAAGAAAGCAGUGUUAUUAUUUACGGUGUAGAAAUGGGUGUAUUAUACAGGAUUUCUGUCAGGGCGAAUAAUAGGGCGGGUGAAAGUAUAGAUCAGUGGGAGGAGCUUAAGAUACCGGUAGAACAGGUCACCAAGGAACCGGUACAGAAUUUUAAGGGAGAAGCGUUAUCAUCAACUAAACUUGAACUAACAUGGGAUCCGCCCGAGUCCGGAGUGUUUUCAAGGUUUGUUCUCUCGUACACACUGGCUGGUAACCUGAAGCCGGAGUUACCUGGAGGCGGUAAUCUACCAGCGAGCUCUAGGAGCUACAUAGUAAGGUCUUUGAGGCCGUAUACGGGAUAUUUCUUCCAAAUUACACCGUUUCUUAAAGACAUACGAGGUGUGACGUCAAACACAACAGUGGUGACGUUGACUGAUAAGCCUAUGGCGCCACCUACAAAUAUUUCACUCACUGUACUGAAUGCGACAACUAUCCGGAUAAGAUGCUCUCCACCCGAGACCGGUAAAAAUGGACCAAUUAUACAGUACAGAGUAGCGUACCGUGAACGGGAUUUUAGAGAUAACAUUCUGACAGAUGCAGAUGACAACGAAGAAUUAGAUUAUUAUCUGAAUGGUUUAGAACAAGCAACAGUGUAUGAGAUCAGGGUUCGAGCUCUCACAGUGAAUGGUUCCGGCCCUUGGUCGGCAUGGUUACAAGAAAAAACGGCUAAACGAUUGCCCGUUUUACCGAAAAUACCUCAAAAUUUGACAGCCUCUGUAACCGAUAACACCGUAAAGCUAACAUGGUCACUACCAGACCAACACAUCGGAGAGAUUACGGGAUUUGUUGUUGGAUUGGGGCGAUUUAUACCGGAAGUCCAUCGUGAUAGCGUCACAAAGGAUAAAACAAGCUAUGUUUUUGAUAGUUUAGAUCCAGAGACAGUAUAUAUUGUAAGCGUAAGAUCGUUUAACGACUUCGGUGAAAGCGCUGCUGUAUUUGAAUUGGUAACAACUGAAUAAGAGUGGAACGAAAUGAAGAUUUAAGCCGAAAAGAAUAUUUACUAGAAACUCGGAAAUUUUGAAAUGCUAAGAUACUUACGUUUGUGGGUGGUGUUUGGUGUUGAUUUUUCAAAUAAAGUACGAGAGUUUAACUCAGUGAAAGAAAAUACUGUGAACUCAAUUAAUUUCGUGGAUAUGAAAUUUAGUGAUUUUGUCACAAGGAACAUUUGCGUGGUUCCUUACAUUUGUGGACCUUUUUUGUAUUCCUAAAAGAUAUAGUGUUAAUUAUGGGAUGUAAAAUAAUCUUACAGCAGACAAAAUGAAAUUCCUUGAAAUUCGUGGGUUGACUUAUCCACCAAAAACGGGAAUUUUAGUUCCCCACGAAUAAAAAUGAUUUUUGCAGGAGUAAGACCUGCUCUCAAAGAUAAAGAUGUUAAAUGUUAUUAAUUUAUUAGCAAAGCCCGCAAAACAACUUGGACAAUUACUCAGUUUUUUCUCCAUUAGAUCAGACACAUACCAUGGAAUCUCUUUGGGACCAAAUAUAUAGUCAAGUGGUAUUUUAUAUCCAAGUUUAUGAAAAUUCUGAUAUGAACAUACUUGAAUGGAAUAAACGCUUACGAGCAACGACCCUUACCAUGUAUUAAAUGUUGAAAAGUUGACAGCUGAGUACACCAAAACUAAAUUUCAGUUUAAAGCAAUGUGCACUUUUAAUGUUAUUAUUUUUGUUAGUUUUGUACCAUGUCCCUAAAUUCUAACUUUAAUACUUUUAUUUUUGCUUUGAUGUUAAUACUAUUGCCAUUUUAAAAAACCCACAAGAUUCUGUCUUACCCUUGCUAGCAUGGAUACAUUACAUGUAUUUGUGUAUUUUUAAAUCUGAAAAAAAUAAUUAUUCAUCAUUUAGAUCUGUUUCGGAAAAAAUACCAAAAUAUGUAAUGAUUGAAUAUCAAACAGUGGAGACCAUGGUCAACCAGCCCGGAUCUUUAAGAAGGUCUUGGUCUGCACUGGUCACAUGGGUAGACCCUACAUACAAAAUCAGUUCAUGCUAGCAUGUUAGGAGAUUGGGGCGAUUAUUACCGGUUAGGACAGAAAUCGCUUGACCCGGCUUCAAAUAUGAAAAACAAGAUUAACAAUAAAGGGUCGCCUCUAAUUAAUGCAAUCUCACACAACCAUCAACAAAGGACAACUGACAAGGUGCCCAACAGGACACCAAACAAAAAGUUUAUAGUUUUAAAUGGUAUGAUAUCAUGCGUGUUUACUAGAUUAAAGAAUAAUUAUUAUUGUACAUGUAUAUAUGCAAAAAAUGUUCUAUAUAAUAGAUUUAAAACGGUUGUUUAUACUUUUAAAGGAGAUCUACCUUCAUAUUGUAUCGUGUUAUAAUAAAUAUGCAAUGUGUU